AUGCCCGUCCAAGUCGUCGAGUCGCUCGAAAAGUUCAGGGAGAUCAGAUCGCCUGACUCAUCCGUUUUUCCCCUCGCCCCGCCCAUCGCGCACGAUCCACAGAUCAACGGCGACCGGGUGGCCAUCUUUGACUUCUGGGCGACGUGGUGUGGCCCCUGCCGGCUCAUCUCGCCCGUUUUCGAGAGGCUCGCGGACCAAUUCCCCAAUGCAGACUUUUACAAAGUCGAUGUCGACGACCAGGGUGAGAUCGCGCAGGAAGUCGGUGUCCGUGCGAUGCCCACGUUCAUAGCAUUUAAAAAUGGCGAGAAAGUGAAAGACCUCGUCGGCGCAAACCUCGGCGGUCUCCAGGACAUGAUCAAGAGCGUGGCGGUUUGA